GUAGGAGUUAGCUGCAAGCCCUUGCUUUGCCUAGCCCUCAGCAGAAUUCAGCAGAGAUGUUUCCUUUCCGGCACUUACCUCGUAAUAAGAAUGGAUUCUUCUUCUGGGAACUGCAGAAUAAGCCUCAUGUAGCAAAAUAUCACAAAUAGCAGCGAGAUUGAUGAUUUUGCUGUCUGCUUUGGAAGGUCUGCCAAUAUCUGAGCACUGCAUUCUGUCACUGCACCCUCAUACCUGCCCAGCUCCUACUUCCCAGUCCUGGAGUGGGAUCUAAAUCCAUAGCCUUCCAAUGAACAGUGGGCAGGAUGGCAGUCAUCAGAUCACAUUGGUUUUGAGGAUUAUACCAAUAAGAAACUACAGAAAUGAAUUUCUAGAGCUGACCAUCAGAAGAGAGAUCAAAUCCUUUGCCUUAUCUUGUCCCAGAGAAGUCCGUGGAAGAAGAUUGCUUUUGGGUCCAGAGAAUGGAGCCGGUGAUGGGAGGAAUAUUCAUAGGGUGUGAAGCCCUGACGGUUAGAAAUUAUUGAUUUCCCAUCCAAUCUACAGAGAAGAACUGCUGGACAAAAAAAUGUCAAAGAAAGGACGAGGAAAGGGCGAGAAGCCUGAGGCGCUAAUAGAUGCAUUACAAGCUGCCAAUGAAGAACUCCGAGCCAAAUUGACUGAUAUUCAGAUAGAGCUUCACCAGGAAAAGAGCAAGGUGAACAAACUGGAAAGGGAAAAGGUGCAAGAAGUGAAACAGGUGCGAGAGCUGGAGCAGCACAAGCACACGGUGCUCACCACCGACCUCAAGUCCAAGCUUCACGAAGAGAAAAUGAAAGAGCUGCAAACCGUGCGAGAGAUCCUGCUGAAGCAGCACGAGCAGGAGCUCGCCCGUGCAAUCAAAAUCAAGGACAGUGAAAUCCAAAGGCUGCAGUCCACUGUGAAUGUAUUAAGGGAUGGGGCAGCUGACAAGGUCAAAACCGCCCUGCUCAAUGAAGCCAGAGAAGAGGCUCGGAAGGCAUUUGACACUGAGCGCAUCAAACUCCAGCAGGAGAUCGUCGAAUUGAAAUCCGCCAAGAAGCAGGUGGAAGAAACCCUGAACAACACAGUCCAGGCUGAUAAGAAGAAAGCCUCUGAUCUCAGGAGCUCAUAUCAGUCCCAUCAGGACGAGAUAACCAGAAUAAAGAAAGAAUGUGAGAGAGAUAUCCGCAGGCUGAUGGAUGAGAUUAAAGGCAAAGACAGAGUCAUCCUUGCCCUGGAAAAGGAUCUUGGGGUUCAAGCAGGCCACACACAGAAGCUAAUUCUGCAGAAGGAAGCCCUUGAUGAGCAGUUAGUGCAAGUGAAAGAGGCAGAGCGAUACCAUAGCAGUCCCAAGCGAGAAUUCCCCAGUGCUGCUGGGGACACCUCAGAACCAGCAGCUAACCACGAGCCACUUCUGGAUGAAAGGGAUGUGCGACGUUUUCAGUUAAAGAUCGCUGAAUUGAAUGCUGUGAUUCGUAAGCUGGAAGACAGAAAUACUUUGCUGGCGGAUGAAAGGAACGAGCUGUUGAAACGUGUACGAGAGACGGAGAGCCAGUUGAAACCACUCGUAGAGAAAAACAAACGGCUAACGAAGAAGAAUGAGGAUAUCAUGCAUUCUUUACAGAGGAUGGAAGACAAGCUGAAAACAUUGACCAGAGAACAUGCUGAAAUGAAGGAAAAGUUAUCAUCACAAGGACAACUCAGACGACAUACAUCACUGAAUGAUCUGAGCCAAGGUCAAGAUGAGCAAGAAAUGGAAUUCUUGAGACUCCAGGUUGUAGAGCAACAGCAUAUUAUUGAUGAUUUAACAAUGGAGCGGGAGAGAUUUUUACGCUCUAAGAAAUACAAAAGAAGAAGCACAAAGCCCCACAAGAGGCAUGUUGUAGAGACAUUUUUUGGAUUUGAUGAAGAAUCAGUAGAUUCAGAAACCUCUUCAUUAGCCUCGUGUACAACUGAUAGGACACCAGCAACUCCGGAAGAAGAAUUGGAAGAGGUCCUAAACAGAGAAGAGUCCGAACUGAGGUUUCGCCAGCUUACUCAAGAAUAUCAGGCUCUUCAGAGAGCUUAUGCACUGCUUCAGGAACAAGUUGGUGGGACACUAGAUGUGGAGCGAGAAACCCGGACUCGUGAACAACUUCAAGCUGAUCUUUUUCGCUGUCAAGCUAAAAUUGAAGAUCUGGAAAAAUCCCUGGCAGAGAAAGGACAGGAUUCAAAAUGGGUGGAAGAUAAACAGUUACUUUUUAGAAGCAACCAGGAACUGGUUGAGAAGAUUCAUAAGUUGGAACUUGAAGAACUCAGACUGCAGAAUGAGGUGCAAGAUGCAAAAGACCAGAAUGAGUUGCUGGAGUUCAGAAUCUUGGAGCUUGAAGUAAGGCAUUCCAUUGGUAAAGUGUCAAAUGGAGCGGAAGUGUGUGAACCAAAAAGGAGAACCUUUGUGCUUUGAUGCAUUGUGCAGCCACUUGUCCCACAGCGUUAAUGAACACUGCCUUUUAUUGAUGCACAGUUGUAUAAUUUUGGAAGAGAUGAAAAGCUGUUUUACUGCCUGGAGUUUUGAUGCCAGAGAAAGUCUUUGAAUAUAAUACAAGAUUUUAGCAGACAAUUGAGAUGUAUAAUUUAUAAUUAUACAAUAAGAUAAUAAUUUAUAUAAAUAGAUUAUAAUU